AUGCCUCUAGCGCCACUCAAAGAAAACCGCGCCCUGCGCAUCCUCGACCACGCCGCGACAAACCACUACGGCGUGCCCGCAAUGUGCUGCUACAACGUCGAAGGCAUCCUAGCAACCGUGCGCGCCGCCGAAGCCAAGAACUCCGCCGCAAUGAUCCUCCUCUUCCCCUGGGCAAUCCACUACGCGGACGGGCUGCUCGUGCACGCAGCCGCAGAAGCAGCGCGCAAAGCGCGCGUCCCCGUCACCGUGCACAUGGACCACGCGCAAACGCCCGAGAUCAUCCGGUACGCGGCGGACCUGGGCGGCUUCGACAGCAUCAUGGUCGACAUGUCGCACUACGAGAAAGCAGAGAACCUGGCGCUGACGCGCGAGCUGGUGGAGUACUGCCAUGCACGCGGGAUCGCGACGGAAGCCGAGCCUGGGAGGAUUGAAGGCGGGGAGGAUGGGGUUGCGGAUACGGCUGAUUUGGAGGGGUUGCUGACGACGCCGGAGGAGAGUAGGGAAUUUGUGGAUACCGGGAUUGAUUGGCUGGCACCGGCUUUUGGGAAUGUGCAUGGGGAGUAUGGGCCGCGCGGGAUUCAGUUGGAGUAUGAGCGGUUGAGGGGGAUUAAUGAGGCGGUUGGGGGUGAGGUGAGGCUUGUCUUGCAUGGGGCGGAUCCGUUUACGGAGGAGAUCUUUAAGAUGUGUAUCGAUUGUGGCGUGUCCAAGGUGAAUAUUAAUAAGGUCUUGAAUAAUGAGUAUGUGAGGGUGCAGUCGGAGAUGGCUGGGAAGGUGCCUUUGACUACUUUGCUGGAGGAGGCGACGAAUGCGAUGCAGAAGGCUGUGGAGGGUUGUAUUGAUCGGUUGGGAUCUGGGGGGAGAUAUCCGGCGACUUAG